AUGGCACAGCGAGCCUAUCUCAAGGCCGUAGACGUGGACACAGAGGACAGCGAGCAGCAAGACCAAGGCCUUGAGACCAUCCCCGAGGCUGCAGAGGAGUCUGACGACUUGGUGGUCAAGGCUCCGGAGCCCGCGUCCGCCGAGCUUCCCAAGAAGAAGAAGACGGUUCGGUUCUCGACCCUCGUCUCGCUGACCGACGUACCGCGCUCGCUUCCCUCCAAGCUCUUGCGACAGGAAUCGGCCUACUACCGCGCCUUCCAGGACUACAUCAUCCAGAGAGGCCACCUCGAUGCCUUUGUCCACCAGCUGCCGCGCUUCGAGGCCCUCCAGGCCCAGCGCGUGUGCCGCCGCGAGUACCACCGCAACCAGCUCCUCGGCAAGUAUCAACUGAGCGUCAUGCCGCAGUCGGCCAAGAAGCGACUGAGCGCCAACGUCGCCCGCGGCGAUGAUGUUCUCAUCGACGACCCUGAGAAGCUCAAGCGUGAGAAGGAGCAGGAGGCCAUGAGCCAGACGUCCAUGUCCAACUGGCACGUGGCCGCCACGCGCUACCUCAACGGUGGUUGUCUCAUCUCCGCGCCCGUCGCGAAGCGCCUCGCACGCCUCUCUCGCAUGGCGCCGGGCCCCGACGGCGUCGCUCGCGACCGAGCGCGCAUCCUCGACCUCGGUGGCCAGGCCACGUGCGAUUGGGCAUGGCACUGCGCGCUCCAGUACCCCAACACCAAGAUUUACACCGUCACCACAAAGGCCGUCCGCCAGCUGUCCAACUCGAACAUUCGCGGUCCACCCAACCACCGCCAGGUCGCCGUCGAGCGCCUGACGCGUCUGCCCUUUGCAGACGCCCAGUUCGACCUCGUGUCGGCGCGCGAGCUGCACUCGCUCCUCAAGUUUGUCGGCGGCAACGGCGAGGACGAGUGGGAAGGGUGCCUGCGCGAGUGCAUGCGCGUCCUCAAGCCCGGCGGCUACCUCGACUUCUCCCUCCUCGACUCGGACCUCAUGAACGCAGGCCCGCUGGGCCUCGCCAAGAGCGUCGAAUUCGGCUUCACCCUCAAGACCCUCGGCUACGACCCGGCGCCCACGAGGAUCACCGCUGCCGCGGUGGGCCUGGGGGGCAUCGCCGGCGGCUGGAGCUGGGAGCGCCGGCCGCUGCGGUGCGAGAUGGAAAAGGUCGCCGGCGAGCUGCGCCUCGCCGACACGGUCACGGCCGGCAGCGCCAUGACCGAGGCAGGCAAGUGCCUCGAGGGCGUGUCGGCCAUUGUCGAGGAGGGACGCCUCUGCGGCGCCGGCUGGAGGAUGCUCAACGGCUACGCGAGGAAGCCAAAGGUCGGCACGGGCUUCAUCCCCCUGAAGGUCGACGUGUAG